AUGCCAAGAAAGGCCUUCGUCGCCGACUUGCAACAAGUCCAGUCACAUUCUCCUCAUCCAUCUGUCUCAUGUAUCGAAAAAGGUGAAGAUGAUGGAAGCUUCACUUUUAAGGUUGCAGAUGGCAUACUACCAAUCGAAAUCACCGUCCUAAUACCAGAACUCAGUGACUACCCGUCGGAACACGAAUGCUUCCUUUAUGCCACGGCGGAAAACGUUCCAGAGUCAAUAUCCAAAGCCAUUGAAAACAUCAAUGCUCGAGCCAAAAAGAUAGCUGACAUUAUCAGUAUAACGGCAACCGCCAUCUGCUCAAAACGCGGGAUUAAACGACAACACUCUACUGAAUAUGAUCCCGAAUACGACGAUGAUUCUAUGGAUAUUGAUGAGGACGAAGAAGACCAGACUGACCAGACUGAUGAGUACUAUGACGAAGGGGAUUUUGGAGAUUCUGAAGAGGAUGGUUCAAUAGCCGGGUGGUCCACUACUGCUUCAGAAAAUGGGCUCGCCAUCGGGGACUCACAGGUCGCAGGAUCAACAGACCCCCUGCAGUGUGAAUGUAUCAAAGAGUUCUGCGUAGACCUUCGUGCUGUCAAAAGUGCCGGAUUCAAGGUUGGAGUUCUGGGCAACCUACCGGGUGGAUCUGGAUAUCUUGCUAUCUCUAUCAGAAUCUCGAAGCUUGGUAUCAGCGACGAGGCUAUGACGGCCUGGCGGUUGAACCCCGACAAGUAUCUUGUAUUAUUGAUGCACUAUCCAUCUGGGUACAAACCUCUCUCGGCCAUGGCCAAAGACAGCUAUACCGCUAAAAAAUGGGUCCAGGUCUAUGUGGGAACUUCGUCGCGAUACAAGCCGAGUUUGCAGGAGGCAAUUGCGGCUUUUACUAAGGUCAAGAAGUUCAAGGAGGAUCAAGAUGGCAAUCUUCACGUUUUCAAGUCAGAGGGAGGGAAACUAGAUGUCCAUGGACUAAGCGAUUCCCAAGCAGACGCAAACUCGCCGAUUUUCGAGGGCACUUUUAUCUCUCGACCUGUUUCGGAGCUGUUAAAUGAGAGGCUACUUGCCCUGACGCUAUACCGAGUUUCAUAUGGAUUUGGCUGGGAUGGAUCAGAAAUGUUCUAUGAAGAUUUCCAAGGCCGAGAGAGGUCCGACAUCAUCGAUGACAUAUACUAUAAAAAAGAUGACGAGGGCAUCGUUAAUCUAGCAUCUUUAGUCCAAGCGGAUAUUUUACAGAGCAACUGCAAAUCCCAUGACGAUAUUCCCUUUCCGUUAGUCGCCAUGCAAUACAUGCUACGCCAUUUCGUCCGCUGUACCGAGUUUUGUCUUGUCUGUCAUAACAAGAUUGAUGCCAAUUUCGAGGCCUUAAAACCCUAUGUUUGUAGCAAGCCCUUAUGCUUGUACCAGUAUAUGGCUCUUGGGUUUGGCCCAAGCAUGGAAUACGAAAUACUGGAUCAACCAAGCGUCAUAGAUCUACUUAUAAGCUUCUGUUGGGUAUCCGCUUCUCAUGGAAAACUCUCCGAGUUUCCAACCGGGCUCAAUUUGGUUGUACCAAUGCCUGGGUUUUCCUCUGGCACUGGUAACUUCGAUCGAUCUCAACAAGAACUAUCUGUGGAUGUCAUGGAGGGAAAUUCGGCGAGACUUAAUACAGGGGACUGGAUUAUUAUGACAUCGUUAUCCGGGUCCGAAUCGCUUCAUUGCAGAGUUGUUGAUGGAGAUUACUUUCCCAAGGUCAGACUGGCUAUCGCAGCUAGCAAUCCGCAUUCCAUAUUUUAUGCGGAUUCCGGUAAAGAUGUUGGUAUCAUCGGGGAUAUGAAGAUUCAAGUUUCAUUCACGAUCUACGACCGGAAUUUUGACGAAUUGUCUGAUGGGGUUAAGAGAAAUUCUAUUGUUCAGAUGCUUGAGACAUUGCCUUCGGUCAACGAGAUGAGGGAGUGGCUGAUCAUGAAUACGAAAGUCGGAGAGGAGGUAAGCUUGAAGACUUGGAGGAACAAAAUUAGCCCAAGCGCUUUACUCUUGCUCCGAUGGAUUGUCGCAAGUAAUCGUAGUUGUAUCGUUCAGAUCGACCAAACACCGGAUGACCCGAUGGAUUACAAACAAGGUGAUGUUCCCCCGGAUGUGGCUUCUUCUGCAAUGGAAGAAACCAAGGAGAAGAAGAAGAUCAUCCUAGGAGAGGAACGUGUCCAUGGAAUGGAUGGAUGGAUCCAGUUCAGGUUUGCUAUGGGCGCACCCGACAAAGAACAGCGAUUUGUGAACGAAGUCCGGUCGACUGUUGAAACCAAUGCACUCGCAUUCCCAACCAUAUUUGCAUUCCAUGGAUCACCCCUUCCGAACUGGCAUUCGAUUAUCAGAGAAGGGUUGCAUUUCCGAGAAACAGCUCACGGUCGUGCGUAUGGACAUGGUGUCUACCACAGCCUGGACGCCAGUGUUAGUCUCGGCUACACUAACAGUUAUCGGAAUUAUAGUGCCAAUGGCAUCGGCUCGAACAAUCAAAAAUGGUGGUCUAAAAGUCACCUAUGUAUUAAUAGUGCGAUGUGCCUCAAUGAGGUCGUUAAUCUUCCAAACGAGUUCGUUAGCAAGAGCCCACAUCUUGUCGUGGACAAAGUGGAUUGGAUCCAAACUCGAUAUCUAUUCGUUCAAACUGGAAGGCCGCCGACGGCACUGAGCCACAACCCAUCAGUUCAAGCAGCCCCGAUUCCACUCAGAACUCUUCCACAGGACCCGGGAAUGACCCCAAGGGGCAUCAAUCAAAAGGCUCUCGUUAUCCCAGAGACUGCAUCUACCGUUAGAACGAGAAGCGGGAAUAAUCAAACAGUUUCACAGCCAAAGCCAUCUCCCGCCAAAAAGUCCAGGAUAGGCACUAAGAUUAAAGGUAUAGUUAAACGAGGAUUAGGGUCGACAGGUCUCUUGGGUCAAGAUGAUGAUGGUUAUUCGUCUUGUGCCACCGACCAAGAGGACCGAGAUAUCUUAAGCAUUGAUGAAAAGGCGAUGCUUGGGAGCCAAAAUACAUCUCUGAAAGGCAAAGAGAAGCAAAUUGCCAAAACCAAGAAUCCAAACGCCUUCAUCCCCGGAAAUUUGGACAUCGGAUCCAUUCAGCUUCUCGCCGAACCCUCCUAUGCCUCACCAUUGGCGACCAAACGCAUCAACCAAGAACUUAGGGCACUCGUAAAAAUUCAAGAAUGUCACGAGCUUGAAGAACUUGGUUGGUAUAUUAAUCGUGACUCUAUCGAAAAUGUCUAUCAGUGGAUUGUAGAGUUUCACUCAUUUGACCCGAAUCUACCCCUUGCAAAAGACAUGGUCAAACACAAAGUCAAUAGCAUUGUGAUGGAAGUCCGGUUUGGAAAAGACUUUCCAAUGACCCCUCCGUUUUUCAGGAUUAUUGGGCCAAGAUUUCUCCCAUUCCAGAGGGGAGGCGGUGGGCAUGUCACGGCGGGUGGCGCUUUGUGUAUGGAACUUUUGACAAACUCCGGUUGGUCUGCGGUUUCCAGUUUGGAAUCUGUCUUCUUACAAAUUAGGUUGGCUUUGUGCUCGGUGGAACCAAACCCUGCUCGACUUGAAGCAGGCGGUAAUAGCUCCUACAGCCCACAUGAAGCCAAGGAUGCAUUCAUUCGCGCCUGUAGAACCCAUGGAUGGCAGGUUCCUCCCGACUUUAACAGUAUUAUCUAA